AUGGCUACUCAAGCUAAUUCUGUCGCGCACAAGACUGUCGUUAAAGUCGACCCCUUUAUUCCUGCUGACCAGCAGAAGGGCAUUCAUAAUCGUUGGCAUCCCGAUAUUCCCCCAUACGCGACCGUAAAGCCGGGAGAGGUGUUCAAAGUGGAAUGUGUCGACUGGACAGGGGCUCAGAUCGGGAAUAACGAUAACAGCGAUGAUAUCAAGAAUGUGGAUUUAACAAAGAUCCACAACCUCUCCGGACCCAUCGCUGUUGAAGGCGCCGAACCUGGCGAUUGCUUGGUAGUGGAUAUCCUUGAUGUCGGACCUUUUGACAAGAUGCCUUGGGGAUAUACAGGCAUUUUCGAACUUGAGAACGGCGGUGGCUUGUUUGCAAAGGAAUUCAACAGUCGUGCGUGCAAGGCCAUCUGGGACUUCAAAGGUGUAUACGCCACCUCUCGCCAUAUUCCUGGCGUUCGCUUCGCAGGCGUUUCGCACCCUGGUCUCAUCGGAACCGCACCCUCCGCCGAAUUGUUGGCAACAUGGAACGAGCGAGAGUGCGGUUUGAUCGCUGAGCACGCGAACUCUGUUCCUCCCGUAGCUUAUGCUCCCAAUCCUACUGGCACAUAUGUCGGUCAGGACCUCGACUCUGCCGUGCUGAAGAAGAUCGGGGAAGAAGGUGCACGAACUGUCCCAGGACGCGAGCACGGUGGUAACUGUGAUAUUAAAAACCUCUCCAGGGGCUCUCGUUGUUACUUCCCUGUUUUCGUCAAGGGUGCAAAUCUGUCAGUUGGCGAUCUACAUUUCUCCCAGGGCGAUGGAGAGCUGAGUUUCUGUGGUGCCAUAGAGAUGGCUGGAGUAAUCACCUUCAGCACCAGCAUUAUCAAGGGUGGAGUGGAGAAGUUCGCACUCAAGCAACCCAUCUUCCUGCCAUCUCCCAUUGACCCUCUAUACUCCUCCAAGCUCAUCUUUGAGGGUAUCAGCGUGGACCUUCACGGCGACGGAAAACAAUACAACAUGGAUGCUACUGUGGCGUAUAAGCAAGCAGCCCUGAACGCCAUCGCAUACCUGCAGAAGCUGGGCUAUACCCGCGAGCAGGCUUAUCUCCUUUUAUCCGCCGCCCCCGUUGAAAGUCACGUCGGCGCUGUGGUUGAUUCGCCAAAUGCUUGUGUCACUCUCGCAAUUCCGACUGGCAUUUUUGACUUUGUAAUUACGGCUUUCCCCAUGCAAGUGCUUAACAUCUUUGCUGACGAAAGCAUAGGACAUCCUUCCCAAGGACGAGGGUCUCACAAAACAUGA